AUGAGGUUUAUGAAUCUUGUUCAGGGUACUCUGUCGAUAGAUGAGUAUAAGGAUAAGUUUGUUCGGUUGAGCCAAUAUGUUCCCGAGUUGGUGUCUUCUGAGGUGAAUUGUUGUAAGAGGUUCAAGUUUAGACUAAAUCGUGAGAUUAAGCUCUACCUGGUUGCUCAGAAUACUAAGGUCUUCGACGAGUUAGUUGAGAAGGCUCAUACGUUAGAGGAGGCUUUGGGGGAGAAGCACAAAGUUGCUUUAUCUGGAGCUGUUAAGAGGUCGAUUGAGGCUGGUAGUGGUUAUGGUCGUAAGAUUAAGGAUAGACAGGCUGUGAAAGUUGAGGCUAGUCCUGCUAAUCAAGGGGCUGCUGCAUGGCAAAUAUGUGAGUACUGUACUCGAUGUCAUCGUUGUGAGUGCUGGAGGAUGACGAGUGCUUGUCUUAUUUGUGGUUCAAUGGGGCACCGUGUGAGUGACUGCUCGAGAAAGCCAUUGUUGUUCAUGAUCAGCUUGUUGCUACUGUUGCACCUGCUCUUGCUUGAGGGAGAGACCAUGGUAGAAGUGGUGGUGGUAGAGGUGCUAGUUAGCAUGGUGCUACAUGAUAGUCCAGCUAGAGUUUGUACAGUGAGGGAGCCUCGGACUAGAGAGGCCACAGAUGUUAUCGCCGGCACUUCUACUCUACAGUCAUUUCCUUUGCUAGCAUCUAUUGAUUCUGGUGUAAUGAGGUCAUUUAUGCUUAGGGACGUAGUUAGAGAGUUAGGGAUUGCUGAAGAAACAUCUAGAUUGAAUGUUACAGUUAAGAGCUCUUUAGGUUAUAAUGUAGUGGUGGAUCGGGCUAAGGUAGAUUACGAGGUGAAGGUGGAGUUGAUAGUUUGA